AUGAGCGGUGGUACAGCUGCUCGGCUUCUUCUCUAUCCCAUCAAGUUCCGUCCGUCAAUUGUAAAACUCUUUGGCACAGGCAAGCCAUGCGACAACGCAAAAACGCAGCAAAUCUUGCCGGCCGUCCUGGACAUCGUUGAUCGAGCUUUGGAGCCAAUUCAGCGUGUUUUUCUUUCCAACCGGAUGGGGACAGGAAAAACCAAGACGUAUCUUGGCGCCAUUCACAUGUACAAUGAGUUUCGAAUGGACUCGUUCCUUGACCCACCUGUCGCGAACAACCAACAUGUCUACCAUACAACUAACGAAGAAGAACAUAGCGCACGGCCAAUCCUUCUUUCAGCUUCAGAACAAAUAGCGGCUGUGGGGAUGCGACAAGCUCUCGAGGACGAGGGUCAGACGGGUGCAUUCAUGGCACACAUGAACUUCUUAUUCCACUCGUGUUAUAAUAACCCUCGCAUGCGCAUCGAUUCAAGGGCAGAUUGA